UCAAUGGUCUCUGAAAGUCAAACAACAAGGAAUCAGAUGGAUGGCAGUUUUGAAGAUAAAAACUUGGAUAUUGAUAAUAACUCUUCAAACGGCCAUAUUACGCAUCAGAAAGCAGCGUUGGCGAAAAAUUAUUUGAAAUUUACUAAAAACCAUUUGAAUGUAACGACGACUGCACCAUUAACACCAAAUUAUUGGGAAAUGCAAAGAACUGAUUCUGACCAUACAAUUAUUAGAAUGCCAGAAUUUUCUACUACAUAUGAUAAUACUCAAACACUUUCCCAUCGUCAUGAAUCUACUCGAUCAGAUGGUACUCUCGAUGCAAACAAAAGCUUGAACGCUAGCAUCAAUUAUCCAACAUCUCCUCUUCCAAAGCAAACUUCAGUGAUUCCCAAUGCAAUAAGUCUAUUGCACUCAUCUGAUACCGUGGACAAAAGUUCAGUGACAGACCACUCAUUGCAGAAUUACAUUUUAGCAAGCAAAUCCGGCAGUAUUACAUAUGCUAGCACGACUGCUAUUGUUAAUACCGAUAAAACAGUCUCGGUGAACAAUUCAGACUUACUUCCUACGUUUGUAGCACCGCAAGAGAAGCGAAAAAUUGAAUUAAUAACCGCUGCUACAAUACCAGUAGAAGGAAAAAACACGAAAAUUAUUUCAGCAUUACUCAAAUUUCCAAAAUUACUCUCAACUAACAACGAAAAACAGCUAAUGAAUUCACCAAAGACCAUAACGAGAAGCUUAUUGCCUGAAUCCCUGCAACAACCAAUUGAAAAUUCAGACUUUCCAUCAGCUACUGUAUUUCAUCAAAGAACUACUGUACCAUCAGCGAUACCAUUAGCCAAAAUAAAGACAUCUGUAAAUGAUAAACAGAUUAAAGCAUUAUCUCCCUCAAAUAAAAAUGAAAAAAAUUCAUACUUUAAUUCUCGAAAAAUAGAAAGCGCAGUCAAAACAAAAGGAAAUUCUACAGUAAAUCUUUCAACUGCAAAUUCUAUGGUACCAGAGAGCAUGAAGUUGGAAGAAUUAGACCAAACAUUCAUUAAUGGCAAUGAAAAUAAAGCUUCGUCAGACAAAGUUUCAUCUUCAGAAAAUUACGACUUGUCGUCUAUUAUUGAUGAUGACAUUGACGAUACGUUCCAAAGUUUGAUUCAUUUUGAAAAACAACAAAUGGGAAUUUCUAUACCAAAAAGUAGAAAAGCAGCUGCUACUAGGAUUAUUCUUGCAAAUUUAUCGAGACUAAAUGGCGUGAAGACUUUAAUAUCUGCCAACAGCAACAGCAAUAAUGGGAUGUCGUUUAAGCACAAGAUAGUGAAAGGAAAUAUUAUCGAAACACAAAAGUUGUACAGGGGUGGCCAGCAGAUCAAAUUGAAAUUAUGGAAUCCUGUGGUGUACGGACACGAUUGGUUUGCAAAUGCUGGAGCCAUAAUUCACGGAAAUUUGAGGCCAUUACAAUCUAAAAUAAUCAGCGUUAAAAGUCAGAAUGAUAAAGUGCUGAACGGAAAUCGAAUUUUGGGCAGUCGAUUCUUUUCUAAUGAAAAUCAAACAUUAAAGUUGGAAACAGAACAAGUUGAAGCUGUCAAUUACGUCAAAAAUUUGGCAUCAGAUGGACAAAAGUCAGAACAAUCUUAUCAAUGUUUUUACGUAAAAAAGCAUUGCGUUCUAUCAGCUGUCGUCCCAUUUGAACGACGAAUUGGCAUGAAUUUGGCUGAAUGUGCAAAAUUUUGUACUAGUUCACUUGGCUGCCAUUCGGCUUCAUAUUCACCGCGUCUAUCUUCCUGCGAUGUUUACCAUCUAAAGUUUGGAUCGAAAAAUAGAAAAAUGCUGAGGUCUGUAUUUCAGUACUACUUGGAACCAAGACCUGAUAAUUCUCCUGGUUGUAGUGCAGCCUGUGAAGCGAAUCAGAGAAUUAUUCUCAUGAAAUCACCUGGCUGGCGAUUACUUAGACAGAGUGACCAGAAUGAAAAAUUUUUGACAACUGAAGGAAACUGUCAUCAGUACUGUUAUGAGAACAAAGUGAAAAAAAAUAAAUUUGAAAAUCGAAUAAACUAUCAAUGCACAUCGGCUGUUUUUGAUACAAAAUCAAAGCGAUGUGAGCUGUAUCAGACAAUUCAUCAUGACGAUACUUUGAUAUUCGAUUCUUCGAGUAUUUAUUAUGAAAAAAAUUGCUUUCCAGAUCGAGUAGCCAAACUAUGUCAAGGAUCAUUAAUUGAACGUCAACCUCAACGUAUUCUGCUUGGUUUUCUUGACGCAGUUUUUACUACAUCUACACUAGCGGAAUGUUUUUUGAAGUGUUUUUCGUCAAAUUCUUCACUUCAAAAUGGUCAACCAUUCCAGUGUCGUUCAGUAAUAUAUUUUUAUGAGCAGAAAGAAGACAACUGUAUACUUGACAGUAAGUCAAAGCGAAAUCGUGGCAAGGAUUUAUCUCGAGAAAUGCUUGCAGUUGUAGACUAUUUCGAUUUUGAUGAGUGCUUAAAUGCUUCAGUUUUGGUAAUUAUUAUUUUUAACUAA